AUGGAAUCUUUGGCAACAACCAUUCGUUUCGUCACGCUGAACUGCCGAACACUAUCGAGUGAACUCCAACAAGCCGCUCUAUCCAGACUUCUGCGAUAUCUCUGUAUGCCUUUUGCUGCACUGCAGGAAACACGCAUGAGAGAUCGGCCCGUCAUCAGCAUCGAAAAUUACACCACAUACUCCGGCGAUGCUGAUGAGAACAAAGUAGGUGGCUGCGCGAUAGCUGUGAGGAACGAUUAUAAGAACCUGGUGGAGGAAUUAAGCUCAACGUCGUCUAGAUGCGCCUUUUUACAACUGUGGGAUCGCGGAGGACGUAAACUCUGGAUCGUAAGUGCUCACGCACCUACGGAAACCGCUGAGGACAACAGUAAGGACGCCUUCUAUGAUGAACUCAAUGCGUUGAUGUCUAAAAUACCAAGCCAGCAGGUGGUCAUUGUCGGAAUCGACGCAAAUGCGAAGUAG